GGGCGGUGGGUCCCUCCCCGGCCGCCGUAGCCCGGCGGCGGAGGGGGCGGGGCGGAAAUUUAAAUCGGCAGCCGCGGCCGCUGGGAGGCGAAGGCGGCGGCGGCGGGCGCUCUGGGCCCCCGGGGCUCUGCGGCGUGGCCGGGGCGCAGGCCUCCGCCUCGUACCGAGCGCUCUGGGGGAGCCGGCGGGGGGCUCUGCCCGCCCCGCCCCGCUGCUCCAUCCCCCAUGGCGGAGCCGGAGCCGGAGCCCGGGCCCGCAGGUAGGAUGGGUUGCCAAUCAGAGAAAAGGCAAAGGAGACCCCCAGAGAAACAGCAGCAGGAGGUGACUGGGUCAUCCAAGAACCUGCCCUUCUUGGGAAAAUCCUUCUAUCUGGACCUGCCGAACAACAAGAACGUGGAGUUUCUGGUGGCGACAAUAAAGCAGCUGGGUGGGGCGAUUGAAAGCUUCUUGAGUAAAGAAGUCAGCUAUGUGGUUUCCAGCAGCAAAGAGGCCAAACUGGACAGUGGGCCUCGGAGACAGACUGAGAAACGGAGCAGCGCAGCUUCAGGGCAUGCCAAGGCAAAGACUCUGCCCUCUGCUGUGCCCAAAGGCAGCCAUGCGGGGCAUCACCACAAGCCAGCAGACAGUGCUCUGAUCAGCAGGGGGAAGGAGCUGCUGCAGAAGGCCAUGAGGAACCAGGUGAGCGGCACGGUGAUGGGCUUCUCCUCUAGGCAGGACUCCAGCAGUGGUAGUAGUAUCCUUGCCAAUGCUCGCUCCUGGGGCGUUCGGAUCUUACAUGUGGAUGAAAUGAUUGCCUAUGUGCAGCAGCUGCUGUUCCGCAUGUCAGGAGCAAGGAAGCAGAGUGAGAAGAUGAUGGUGAAGUGUUUCUCAGUGGGGCCAGGAGUCCUUAAAGUGGGAAAACUGAAGCCCCCUUUUCUGAAGAUUGAGGACCGGAGCAGGAAAUUCCGGCCCUUCCAUCACCAAUUCAAGAGCUUCCCUGACCUGAACUUCCUGGCACCAAACAGAUCCAGCCCAUUUGAGCCUCUGAAAACCCCCUCAAGCUCCUGCAGAGUCAGGUCAGAAAACUGCCAACUGGAUGGGAAGGGCCCCUGGCUGGCAGGUGGCCUCACCAUCCUCAGACCUUGCUGUGCCGAUGGCUUGCGUGCCCGAGCCUGUGUUUCACAGACUCCUCUGGGGCGGGGUGUCAAAGCCCCCGAGGGCUGUCUGACGCACAGCGAGAGAGAGAGGAGCCCCCGGUCCAGCCCAGCCACCGUGCCCAAGAGGAGGAAGGGGUUUUGUGAAUGCUGCCAGGAGACCUUCGGGGAGCUGCAGAUGCACCUCCAGAGCCCCCGGCACAGGCGGUUCGCGCUGGACGCCUCUCAGUAUGCAGCUGUGGAUCACGUCAUCGCUCAGCUCACCAACAACUUUGCAGAGAUCCCAGCCUGGUCCUCUUCCCCCAGGGUGCCUGGCUCUCCUGCAGCUGACAACGAACUUUGUGGCUCUCGAGCAAAGGCUGUGGAAGGCCUGGGCGCACCCGCUGCAGAGCUGGGAUGGAAGCACCAGCUGGCCAGGAAGGACAAAGCAGAGCUGUCUCUCAAUGCAGUGGCCGUGCUGGGUGGGGAAUGCUCCACAGGCCCAGAGGAGAUGCCAAAGGAGAAGGUCAGCGAGCUCCCUCCUGCUCCAGAAUUGCCUGCUGGGCACCCCCUGCUAGGGCUAUGGGCUGAGGAGACACUGCGAGCCAGGCCAUCUGCUAGCACAGGGCCAGCUGGGAGGGCCCAUGCUUGGUGUCAGAACGCAGACCGGUCUGCUGUUGACAACAGUGCAGUGGCGGCUACUGCCUUGGCCACUGCUCCUGAUCUCAGCCAGUGGCCCCGGGCCAGCGAUGGAUUGACUGGAGAGGCAGCUGCUUGCUCCCCUGAACUUGUUCCCCAGGAUGCGCUCGAGCCCCUGAGUCACCCUCUGGGAGCAUCACCCUGCUCCAGGAAACGCAAACUCUCCGACAGCCCUUGCAUGCGGCUGGAAAAGAAGCCGAGGAUAAUACAGCUGAGCAGUGACCCCCUGCAUCUGGAGAAGCAGACAGGCUCAGUGCGCUGCAGCUCAGUUCAUCGGGGUGUGGGGCUGGCUGCGGGAGGGGCUGCUGGCACUGCUCCAUCUGGUGCUCCUGGAGCAGAGCUCUUGCUGCUUUCCAGCAGGCUCUGCAGCUUCCCUGCCUCAGUGAUGCCUCAGGACAGGGCCCAUGUGCUGCCAGAGCCUCCCGAGCCUGUUCCCAUGGCUAUAGACGACACUGAGGCUACCCUGGUGAGCACAGCCACUCAGCAGGGCUGGGAGAGCGGGACUCCAGGCCUGCAAGAGGGGCAGUCUACAGAGCAGGCCCCAGAGCCUCCCUGCUGUGUGGCUGAGUCUGGCCUCGAGCUGCAAUCACCACCCUGGGACAAGGCCAGCUGGUCUGCAGCCCAUCGGGUCCUCCAACCCCUUCCAAUCCCCCUGGCCAGGCGCUUGCGCUGCACGGCAGUAGCUGAAGGUGCGCUGCCCAAGCCACCCAACAGCACAGACCUUGGCGAAAACCUGGCCACCCAUCCCAGCAUCCUCCAGCCUGCCCCUUGCAGAGCCCACGCUGGCCCAAAUCUGGGGCCAGCACCCUCUUCUUCAGAGUCGGACUGGGACGUCCAGCUGCUCUGCUCAUUGGACGCUCUGCAGGGCAUCAGGAACCAGCCAGUAGACCUGGAGGUGCUCCGGAGGACCUGCAUCAAUGUCCAAGACAGCGGCUAUGAGUCACAUCUCUACUCGGUCCUGAAGCAGAAGUCUGAGCUGGACUUAGGCAGAGAUGACCAGAGCUGUCGGAACUGUCGUGCAGAAACAGAAGGAGCCCCUUUCGCUGUGUUUGAGGCCUGCCUGGGCAGCUGGACCAGCUAGCCACUAGCUGCUCACCCCCAAGCACGGCUGCUAAGGGAGCCCCACAGAGACAGCUGUGACAAAUCACCUUCCCCACAGCCAUCAGAAGGCAGAAGGCUGGUUGGAGACAGUCUGCGGGCACUGGAAUAAGGACAGCGAUUGUUACUUGCUGCAAACGGAGGGUGGGGCUGACCCUGGAGGCUUUAGGCAAGACUGAUCUGGGUGGUUCAUUUGCUCGUGGAGCUCAGCCACAGGAAGGGCUCUCCCCAGCAUGGCCAUGUUAGCCCUGGCUUCCCAUGGGGACAGACCACUGGGCCUGGCCAGGCCUUGACCAGCCAUGGCCUGGCUCUCCUCUCCCCUCAAUGGAGCGACCAGGAAGCAGACUCCCUUGCCUAGACUAGACUGCACCAUGUGUCCAACUGCUCGAUAGUGGCUUUUUAAUGGCCUGCUGCAUUUCAUUAGUGCUGCUCAUACACGCACCUCCUAUGCUCCUCCAUCACCGUCUGCAGCCUGAUCCUGGAGGAGGGAGAUGUGAACACUUAGUACCAAGAAAACAACGUUCCCUUAGCCAGUGGCCUGGCCUGACCUCACCUGUCAAGUGUGCAGCUAGCUGAUGCCAGAGCCAGUGGAGGCGGGAAGCCCCUAGUCUGAUCUGCAGACAGAGCAGGGUUUUCUUCCCUCUUCCCAUGCAGCAGAAAGGCAGGCAGGCAAUGCUGCCCUUCUCUCGCCCAGAAAGAGCUGCUGUCUUCUGGAAGUGACUGCUCUGAGCUCCCGGCAGCAUCUUUCUGUUCUCGCAUUCUCUGCUCUUUCUGCAUCUCCCUGGCCCCUUCCUACUUGUGGUGCAGUUAAUGGGGGAAAUGAGCUGCUGUCUGGAUCGAUUCCUCUUCCUGUUUUAUCUUCUGCUCUAUUCCAUGGGGCCAUAGCUUCCCCCCUCUAUUGUCUCUACUGGCCAUUGCAGAUAAUUGGUGGUUAAAACUUCCUGCUUGUUUUAAAAACACAUUUUAAAACCAAAAUAAACUGAGUGAGUGUAA